AUGCUGUGUGCAUUGAAGGCGUGGUGGGCCUCACCAUUCCGGAACACGCCGUCCUGCCCUCGGUAUAGUGCCACUGCCCUCGGUAUAGUGUCGCGUCUGUCAAUUCAAUCCAACUGCUCUCACUCGUUUCUCCCCACCCCUCCAACCCCCUCUCCUCUGCACCGACACUUGUCCCCUUCCCUCUCUCCUCUUCCCCAUCCAUUUCCUCCUCUCUCUUCACAAUUUAUCCCGGCUGCCAACUACCUCACCACCCUCCCUGCGGCAUGCCAGGUGUCUGUCUCCUUCGAUCCCGCCUCGCCGCCACUCUCCAUCCCCUCUGAACUGCUCCUCCUCGCUGUCUUUGACUCCACCCUUUCCCGCGACGACACGUCAGCAGCCAAUUUCACCGACUUUGCUGCUGACGCGCCAGGCGGUGCUGAGCUGGCAUCUCUUGAUGCCACGCUGCCAGGCGCCCUCGCUGAGCUGGCAUCCGACCCGGAUUUUAGAGUGAAGCCCGGGCAAGUUUCGCAAAUCCUCCACGUUCCCGGGCAGCCGUUUAAAAUAAUCGCGGAUGUGCUCAGCGCGCGCAUCUUAGAAAAGGACGAAUGUGCCGCCCUGGGCAUGGGGUCGUACCUGGCGGUGGCGAAGGACAACCCGCCCAAGUUCAUCCACGUCACCUACACAUCACCUGCUGCUGGGGAUGGUGGCGAACGGGGCGAGGAGAAGCCGCUGAAGAAUGUGGCUCUGAUUGGCAAGGGGCUUACCUUCGACAGUGGAGCCUACAUCCUCAAGUCGGGCCCGGGCGCCAUGAGUCACCUCGUGAAGUUUGACAUUCUCUCAUCCCUCCAAUCAUCUCCCUUGGCUCUUCCUUUCCCCCUUCCCCCCACCAGUGGUGGCUACAACCUCAAGGCGGGGCCGGGUUCAAUUAUUCACCUCAUGAAGUUUGACAUGGGCGACACUGCUGCUGCGCUGGGCACCGCCAAAGCCAUCGCUGCCAUCCAGCCGCCCGGGGUGGAGGUGCAUUUCAUCAUAGCGGCAUGUAAGAACGUGGUCAGUGGGGGCGGCAUGAAGCCGGGCAACAUCAUCACUGCCUCCAACGGCAAAACCAUUGAGGGCAGAACACUUCUGGCACUGCCUAUAACACAACCCAUCCCUUCCUCCUGUUCCCCAUCCCUUUUCUUCUCUUCCCCGACUCUUCCUCCCCUUCUCCAUCCCAUUCUCCCGCUUCCCGUCCCUUCCUCCCCUUCCCCGCCCCUUCCUCCUCUUCCCCGCCCCCUCCUCCCCUUCCCCUAUGCCUUCCCCCUCACAGGUCUGUUCACCCCGAGUGAUGAGCUGUCAGCGGAGCUGGAGGCGUCCUCCAAGGCGAGUGGCGACAAGUUUGUGGCGGAGGGGCUGCCAUGGGCUCAUGUGGACAUUGCAGGGCCGGUGUGUAGUGAGAAGAAGGGCGGAGGCACUGGCUUCGGUGCCAGCCUGCUCUACCACUGGGUCGCCUCCCACUCCUCCUAG